UGAAGCGAGUAUGUUGUCAUUUGCAUAGAGCUGAACAAGUUGGGGGCUUUAAAGCCGAAAAAAAAAUGAAGAAGCCUUUUUCUCUUUUUCCUUUUCACAUUCCAGAAAAUUCCCAUGAACUUGGAAGUGUUUGAGAAUAGAUCAGUUGAAUAAAGGUUCAUACAUUUGUUGUUGUCGAAGGCUUCUCCAAACCCCCAAACCCCAGAGAGAGAGAGAGAAAAUGAGCAGUGCUUUUCUAAUGAACCCUGCCAAGAUUCCUCAUGCCAUGAUGCAGAGGCAGUUCAUGUUGGUGAACCGUGCCAUUCAUCCCAUCAAAACCCCUUCGUUUCAUUUCCUCAAGAAACCAAGACAAUAUGGAAUCUCUUCAUCUUUUUGUUCUUCUUCUUCUUCUUCAUCAUCAUCAUCGUCUGCUGCAAUUUCCAUCUCCAAGGUUGGCUUUGUGGGUUGGUAUUUGGGGAUGAUAAAGUCGUGGCCAAUUUUGACAAAGAGUGUUACUUCUUCCCUUAUUUACAUCGCCGCUGAUUUAUCCUCUCAGACUAUUGUGCGAGAAUCUUCAGAACCUUUUGAUUUUAUAAGGACUUCACGCAUGGCAGGAUACGGGAUGGUCAUUUUAGGACCAUCACUGCAUUUCUGGUUCAAUUUUGUGUCAAAGCUUUUCCCAAGGAGGGAUCUUUUUUCUACAUUGAAGAAAAUGGUCAUGGGUCAGACACUUUAUGGACCUGCCAUGACUGUUACUUUCUUCUCCUUGAAUGCACGUUUGCAGGGUGAAACCGGCUCAGAGAUUGCUGCACGCUUAAAACGUGAUUUGCUUCCUACGAUGUUAAGUGGAAUUAUGUACUGGCCUAUAUGUGAUUUUAUAACAUUUAGGUUCAUUCCUGUCCAUUUACAGCCAUUAGUCAGCAAUUCAUUUUCGUACUUGUGGACCGUUUAUAUAACCUAUAUGGCAAGCCUAGAGAAAGCGACCUGAUCACUCACUAUCAGCAAUGUCAAUUUUUGUUUCAUGAUUGACAUUGGAAGCAAGCUGCGGGAUACAAUCAAAUCUUUUGGCUGUGUGCAGGGAAUUCUGAUCUCAAAUUGUCCACGGCUAUGCUACUAACCAGGACACAGUUUUAUCCAUUUAUUUUAACCUGUACUCUUUAUUUGCUUUUGUAGUGUUAUCCUUUUAUAUAUAUGGGACCAAUUUGUAAAAUCUAUGCUGAAUUUUUUUUAUCUGAAGACUUUUUUCACCAAA